AUGGCCGCCGCAACAAAGUCUCUCUCCGCCCUGCUCGCGCAGACCACCAUUGACGAUCACGAAGAAACUCUACAAGCCGCCAAUGCUGCCAUCAAAAAGUCCAAGACGGACACGCAGGCGCACCAUGUGAGGGCGAUCGCGCUCCUCCAUCUGGAUCGGUUUGAGGACGCGCUUAAGGUGUUUGAGGAGGUGAAGGAGCUGCAGGGAAAGGCACGCUUCGAGUAUGCGUACACACUCUACAAGACGGGGAACGCGGCGAGAGCUGUCGAGGUCGCUGGUGCAAGCAACGAUGAUACGGGUCGCGGCAUGAAGCACGUGCUGGCUCAGGCUGCAUACCGCUCAGAGAAUUUCGCGCAGGCCUCGCGUGUGUACCGGGAGCUGGCUAGCCGAGGAGCGGAAGAUGAAGAAUACGACAUUCGCAUCAAUUCCGGAGCCACAGACGCGCAGCUGGAGUGGUCAGGCCAGGGAGAGCUCGCACAAAAGAAGAAGCCGGCGCGCGAGGAUCUAGACGUUUUCGAAACGGCAUACAACGCGGCAUGCGCGAGCAUAGCACGUGGCGAGUUCGCGCAAGGAGACAUAUGUCUGAAGCGGGCGAUAGAUCGUUGCAAUGAGGUGGAAGACAUGAGUGAUGAGGAGAAGAAGGCCGAAGUGUUGCCCAUGAAGGUGCAGCAGGUCUACAUCCUCACGCAGAUGGGGAAGUUCGACGAGGCCGAGCAGGUGGCAAAAACGAUUCCGUUCACCGAGAUCAAGGAGCUGUCCACUCGCCACAUCGCCCAAGUUAACACCAUUGCUGCGUCAAAGGAGAGCUCCAACCCUUACCUCUCGCAUCGACUAUUCCACUCUGCUCCCGCACCGCCCAAGACCGAUCAGUACUUCUCCUUCCAGACAAACCUCCUCCGCCAAGAUGAAUAUGUCAUCUCUCUCCUCUCAAAGAAAGCGUCAGGGGUAGCUUCAUCCACAGAAAAGGUCAUAUCCGCAGCCGCAACACCCUCGCUCUCGCCGGCCGUCAAUAUGGCCGCAGUCUUGAAUGCAGCAGCGCACUCCCGCACUGCGGAAACCGAAAGGGCCGCCCUGAAACAAAUACUCCCGCUCCUCGAGAAACGCCCCACCGAUGUCGGCCUCAUACUCACCAUCACUCACCUCUACGUUCUCACCGGCAACCAUGCCGCCGCCACGCACCUCCUGGAAUCUUUCUUCGCGCGCCUCUCUCAGUCUGGUUCCGCCUCCGACCUCGAUGUACGCUUCGCUCCUGGACUAGUAGCUACCCUCGUUUCCCUGUACGCACAGCAAGGCCGCCCUGGAGCCGCAAGAACAGAACUAUCAAAGGCAGCAGAAUACUGGCGGAAACCCCACAAGUCGAAGACCGAGGCACCAAGCAAGGCCCUCUUGGUGGCAGCAGCAACAGCACUCCUAGACACGCACAACCAGGACAACGCCAAGACCGCCGGCGAGAUCUUCAAUGGCUUGUACAAGCAGGACAACGAGGACCGAGCCGCCAUCGCAGGUCUAGUAGCCGCCUACAGUGUCACCGACUCCUCCAACAUCCCCGAGGACCUGCGCUCCAUCCUCCCCGAAGCCUCGCGUCUCGUCUCCGACAUCGACGCCGCAGCCCUUGAAGGAGCGGGCGUCCCCGCGCUCGCACUACCCUCCCAACCGUCUGAGUCUCGCAAGCGCGCGGCGCCGAAAUCGGUACCGUCCAAGGCGAAGAGGAUACGGAAGGCGCGUAUGCCGCAGGACUUCGAUCCGAAUAAGAAGAUAGAUGCGGAGCGAUGGUUGCCGAUGCGGGAUCGGAGUUACUACCGACCGAAGGGCAGGAAGGGAAAGAAGAAGGCGGAGGGUUUUACGCAAGGUGGUGUGGUUGAGGAGAAGGCAGCUGUGCAGCAGCAGAGCGGCGGUGCGGCCAAAGGGGGGAAGAAGAAGGGCAAGGGGAGGAAGUAA